AUGUUUUCGAAAAAUUCCAGCAGUGUCGAAACAUUAUCAGCUAUAAGUGGUGAAUAUAAGAAUACGAAAAAAUUGGAUCUCCGAGAUGGUAUUGUUCAGAAUUGUACGCACAAAAACAAGUCAGGAAUUUUCAAAAUGGCAGAAAUAAGGCGAAAAUUCAAAACUCUUGGUAAAAAGAAAAAUUUUGGUACUUUUUGUGAAGAUUGUGACCGGUUAGAUUCGAUUGUCACUAAUUCUGUGAUCUCUUUAUGUGUUUCUUGUGGUUUUUUUGGAUGUGAAGAGCAUAGUUUGGCACAUUACAAAUCUUCAGUUUGUACUUAUCAACAUUCAAUAUUCUUAUUGAUGAGCAACAAUAUAUGCUUGAGUUGUGUAGUGGAUAUUCGAGCGCAAGGAGAGAAUGGGCCAGCAAAGAACUUUUUAAAUGGUUUUACUUCAUUUAUAAAAGUACGUUCAAAAUUACCUGGUCCCUCAGUUUUUCCGGUCUUUUCAUCGGAACUUAUCGACGACAACAACAAUCCAAAUAAGGAGAGCAGUGAAGUAAAAGAGUCAAAUGUAAACAGUAUUUCCAAUUCAAAACAAUCUACUGAUGAAAAAAUAGAUGUUAUAUCUGAGAAGCAGCAAAUGAAAGAUUUUUCACAACCUCCGAAGGGACUGGUAAAUCUUGGCAACACAUGUUUUUUCAAUUCAAUUAUUCAGUGUAUUUUAUUUACGCAUCCCAUAGAAUUUUACAUUGAAAAAGUGGGAAAGCGAAAAUUUAUCAAAGUUCCAUCUUUCGCUGAUGCUGCUGGUCAAGCCAAUGCAAAGAUUUAUUCUUCCCAUGUUUAUUCCAGUACAAAGCUAUCAUUAAAUCUAUUCAAUGGUUCCUUGAACGACCAUUUUAUAUGUUUUUUCCGUGAAUUUCAUGCAGGUCAUUCAGUUCAUCCAGCUGCUCUUUUUAAUGAGAUUGUGUAUAAGUCUCCUCGAUUUCGUGGCUGGGCACAGCAAGAUGCACAUGAAUUACUGCGCUAUUUGUUGGAUGGACUGCGGAUGGAGGAAAUAAAUUGGUACAAAGAAGCCAUAAUGCAAUAUUUGAAAUCUUGUAGUCCAAGAAAUGGUAUAAAUUCAUCAAAUAAUGAUCGUUUUGUUGAACGGCAAAUGCUAAAAUCUUGCGGACGACCACUUUUGGAUGCUGUUUUUGGUGGGACUUUAUUGCAGACUAUCAAAUGUUCUAACUGCGGUCAUCUUUCUCGAACAUUCGAAGAAUUCCUCGACCUUUCUCUUCCAGUGGCAUCAUUUCCUACCAACAAGAUGCACAAAUCUUCAUCUUAUCUUAGCAAACGUCAGAGGAAAAAGAAAAUCAAAGUUGAAGAAUGGAAGAAUAUUCGAAGAAAUUCUGUUGGAGAAAAUAGUAGCAUAAACAAUGAGCAUCUAAUUGUCGAAUGCGGUAAUGUUGUCAAUUCCGAAUUAAGCAAUGGUUUUAUUUGCGAAUUAGACGAACAUAUAAAAGCAUUUACAGAUAAUAUCAAUGAAAAAAUGGAACAGUUAUCGGUUGAUCCUGCGGAUCCUGAUGGUUGUUCACCGCUACGAAUGCUUGCAGAUGAAGAAAAUUUACCUGGCUCGUUAACUUCAUGCUUAAGAGCUUUUAUAACGGAGGAAAUUCUUCGCGCGGCAAAUGCUUAUGAAUGUGAAAAAUGCUGUCUUCCUCAAAAUAAAGAGCAAUCUAAUGGCCUGAAGCGAAAGACUGUGGAAGCGUCGAAGCGUUAUUUGAUUUAUGAACCACCAUUAAUUCUAACUUUGCAUUUGAAAAGAUUUGAGCAGAUUCAAUCAUUGAGUGGGCAAAAUUAUGUACGCAAAUUUGGAGGGCAUAUUUCAUUUCCAUCUAUUCUUGAUAUUGCUCCAUUUUGUUGUCAGAGUGCCAAGCGAGUAUCGAAAAAUCAUAAAAGUAUUUUGUAUUCUUUAUAUGGUGUUGUUUGUCAUUCCGGCGAUUUAUCGAAUGGUCAUUUUGUUUCAUAUGUACGCAGGCGAAAGUUCAAUUCGAAAACUGCAACUUUCUUCGAUCAAGCAUCUACUCAAACAAAGCAGGAAGAUGAAUUUAGCGAUGCAGAAUGUGUUAAUGAAAAAAAUUGGAACUGUGAUGGAGGUGAAUGGUAUUUCACAAGUGAUUCGCGAGUUUGUACCGUACCAUCAUCUCGUGUGUUCAAUGCAGAAGCCUACAUUUUAUUUUAUGAGCGCCUAUCCUAA